CUGAGAGUGGCUCAACCUAUUAUUAGGUUUAGGGGGCACGCCUCGUGAUUUGUCAGACAAUUUAUUUUAAAUUUCUUCAAGAAACCACCAACAGCACAAACACAGAGAUGGUUCAGUUCAGCGACUGGCCAGCAGAGAAAUUGUAAUUUAGUUGCACUUUUCUGGUGGCUUAAUUUUUCAGCUCUCUGGUUUUCUGCUCGACCCCAACAACUUGCAUGAAAUGUGAUAAAUUAUGCAAUUUAAGUUUGCCAUGUAAAGAAACAAAUGUCCUAAUAAAUCUGUAAAAACUUAAUUGAUAAACUGAUUAAUCCCUUCAGCAUUCCCUUUAAGAUGAUAUUGCUGGUUCUUUAGUUAGCGAUAUGACAGAACCAGACUAACAACUUCUUCACAAUUAUACCUCCAAACAGAGCAUUUAAACACAGUGUGAUCAUCCUGGGGACUCAGCACUCACAAUGGUCACUGUUCACUCCGUUCAAGUCUCCUCGGAAUGCAAUCAAAUCCCUCUUCUCCUUAAAUCACCUCUGAACUGAAGGGUACGCUUAACAUUACAUCAUCCUGGCCCUGCCUUUCAUCACCGGAAGCCCGUCCACCAUUGGUUAAAAAAGAAUCACCAUCACGGUUGCCCUGUCCUCCCCCCUUUUUCCACACUCACUGCCACUUUUAUACUGAUUGAAAAGAAAAAGGAGCCUGUUGGGCGUAAUCUGCUGUGACGCCACUAAUCCCAACACUACAAAUCAUAGGUCCCAUCGACACUUCUCCGCACAGACCCCUGUGACUCCCCGCCAGCUACUUCACGUCUGCCUCAGACAGGACAAAGACAUUUUUAAAGAGAAGACAUGGCUGUAGUCAGUGGAACUUACCGUAUGGUGUCGGAGGAGGAGCAGGCGCUCAGGGCCAAGCUGGAACGUCUGACCGUCAAGGACCACGGACCAGUUUUUGGACCCUGCACCAACGUGCCAGACCACACUAUGCAGAAGGCCAAGGAUGAGCUGAAUGAGACCGAUGAGAAGCGGGUGUCAGCAGUGAAGGAGUUGCGAGCAAUUAUUAAGGAGAAGGCAGAAGGUGGUGAUGAUCUGGCCAAGGGGGUGCAGGACACCUUCGGGGAGAAACCAGACAACAUGCUGACCCGCUUCAUUCGUGCCAGGAAGUACGACGUGGCCAGGGCUUUCGACCUUAUGAAGGGUUAUGUGCGUUUUAGGAAGGAUUACCCCGAGCUGUUUGAGAACCUGACCCCUGAGGCCGUUCGCAGCACCAUCGAGGCCGGCUAUCCCGGCAUCCUGCAUAGCAGAGACAAAUACGGCCGUGUGGUUCUGCUUUUCAACAUUGAGAACUGGGACUACGAGGAGAUCACCUUUGAUGAGAUCCUGCGCGCCUACUGUGUGAUCCUUGAGAAGCUUCUAGAGAACGAGGAAACUCAAAUCAAUGGAUUCUGCAUCAUUGAAAACUUCAAAGGCUUCACCAUGCAGCAGGCAUCAGGAAUCAAACCCACUGAGCUCAAAAAGAUGGUGGACAUGUUACAGGACUCAUUCCCUGCCCGUUUCAAAGCUGUGCACUUCAUCCACCAGCCGUGGUACUUCACUACCACCUAUAAUGUGGUCAAACCUCUCAUGAAGAGCAAGCUGCUGGAGAGAGUGUUCGUGCACGGAGACGAGUUAGAAAAUUACUACAAGGAGUUUGAUGCCGAAAUUCUCCCUGCCGAGUUUGACGGAAAAGGUCCCAAGUACGACGGCAAGGCCACAGCAGCCAAGCUGUUUGACUAGACAUCGUCAGUCCCUUUGCCAAUGAGGUCGAGAGCCUUUACGUAUUAUAAACCCUAUAGACUGUGAAGAAUCAAUGCCCAAUCUAGCUGUGUGGUUGUAGGAACUAAAGUUAUGAAUGAAAAUCGUGACUGUGUUAAAAGGUAAAAUGAUAUUGUAAUGCAGAGGUCCUGGUAAAGCACAGUCAAGACAAAAACUAGACAAGCCAUUCAGGUGACACCGUAUAGUUUGAGUUUUCUAGUUGAUGACCAUCAAAAGUGGCAUACAUGCUCCAAAAAAAAAAAAAAAAAAAAAAAAAAAAUAUCAGUCGUAUAUGUGAUUGUCUCAUCACAUAGACAGUGUUUUUCCAUUACGCAAAAACACAGCAAAUCCUGACCAGCUCUGAACAUCGCAUGUUCUGUCUCCAUUUUGUCAAACUGUGCUUUCUCUGGACUUAAACCAUCUGUGUGGGUGAAUUUAUUACUGGCAGGCCCCAGCUUCUCAGGACCCAACCUCUUACCCCUGAUCAUCUUCUUGCACAAGGCUGGUAUUCCAACAAGUGCCUCUCUUUCCUGCUUUUCUUUUCUUUCUUUUUUUAAAUACCUUUUCAGUAUGGUAUAAUAAAGUUUGACCCAUUGUGCUACCGGUGCACCAAUAACAAUGUCAAUACAUGUACAAUAAACUGUUAAUAAAUGCAAGGUGACGUGA